GGUGAAACGCCGAAACGAGUGGAGAACAGGGUUGCGCCAGAGCCAAGUAAAAUCCCAAAUGCGAAUGAAUUACUAAAAGAAGGCAAACAGAAAGAAGCGCCACGAAGGUUAAGUCAGUUCAGGUCACGUGAUUCAAUACUGGAAAAACCAUUUGUUGUUCUGUCACCAGAUGCUCUUAAAGGAACGCUGAGAAGUGAGCUGGAUGACAUUAAUGAGACAUCUGAAGUAAGUUACGCCGCAAUUUUCGAUCUUUUUUUUAAAAACUGA